AAGAAUUUCAAGCUUUAUUAUAAGAAACAGCAAAUGAAAUUACACCUCGACAAUGUUGAUGCUGAAGAACCACAAGCCCUAGACGUCAAGCGAGCAGGGGACUUUGCGAAAUGUGCCUUCAAAAUGUUAGAAACAGAAAACACUGACAGACUAUUUUAAGUAGAUGAAGCAAGUUGUUAAGACAGUAGCACUUGCAUUUACACGAGGAAACGUGUGUCGUUGAUCAUGUGAUAAAUUCACUUUCCUGUGACGUGGGAACAUUGGCAUUCAUCACAGUGUUACAAUGCUGUCCUUCUUGUUGUCUGCCAUCAUCGUUACAUCAACGUUGGCAGCAACUCCAUGUUGCACAGACCGCCAGUUUGAGGCCAGGUUUGGCGAAGUUGGGGGCGGAAUAUUCCCAAGUAAUGGACAGGCCGCACCUGCAUUGCUAAAUGGCGUCAACAUCAUCAGCUAUGACGCCUAUUCAAGGAAGAUGGCAAUUGAAGUAACGAUGUUCUUCACCAACGGCACCAACCAAACCACCAACGUCAUCCUCGAUGACAAUACGAAGAAAAUGACCAUACUGACGAAGUAUGCAUGUUACUUGAUGGAAGAUACUGCUCCCUUCAUAGAGACCUGCAUACCAGACGAUGCUGUCAAGAUACGAGAAAGCUAUAUCGGAUUUGGCGUCAAGGCGAUUCCCUUCACAACCUGGCAGUUCUUGGCACCUGGAACUGACAAUGUUGUGCGACUCUCUGUGACGGAUCACGGAUGCAUUCCUAUUUUCGAAUCAUUCUUUGGCACCCUCCAAGGAGGUUUCGCGGAUAUUCUCUACGUCAUAACCAACUUCCAGCCUGGGAUCAGAAACAUGAGCGUCUUCAAUGUCCCCAGCAACUGCAUCUCUAUUCCUCCUAAUGAUGCUCCCGAUGUGGUCAGGCGCAGCAUUGACAAGGCGGAGAGUUUGAUGAAACACUUCCGGAUGCAGCUGUAGAAUAAAUUGACAGUUGAGUGAA